AUGGCUGCCGGAAACUACCGGCCCAGUCUGUCUUCCAACGGGACUGUGCUCAGAUGUGCUUUCGAGGACUCGAACUCCAGCCUUAGCGAACACGGUCUGGUGGAUGAGCGGGAACUCUUGGUGAUCAGAGCCGUUAUAUCCGAAGCCAGGGAUGGCGUUCUAAACCAAGGCUUGGCUGCUAUCACGUGCUCAGUCAUCCACGUCCCUGAUUGGUCCACCAUAUCUAUACAGCGAGUGACGUCACCAUCCAGCUCCCAGGACGUCUUGACCGUCGGCCGUGACGGAAGUACGACGUGGUACGACGAGUCCAUGCGCAUGCGCGCCGUGCCCGAGUUCCGGAGGUCUGACUUGGAGUCGGUGGUCACUCUGUGGCUGUCCAGCAGUAGGUGUGGUGACCAGGGAACCUACACGUGCGUGGUGGAGGGGUCAGGGGUCAGGAGGCGGAGUCAUACCAACACCCCCUGCACACCCCUCCCUCUCUCUCCCCUCUCUGAUACUCCAGGACAGCAAAGCGCAGCUAGACAUUUCAUGUGACGUCACGAACCUUGGUCGUCCGAGAGCGACCAUGACAUUGGAGAGGAAGCUGCCCCAUGAGACUGGCUUCACCUCUUUGACAUUCGAUGACGUCACGAGAGUCGAGAACGGAGCGUGUAUGACGUCAGCACGGGGCAUUUACAAGACGCUUGUGUCACGUGAUCUCAACGGAACUAUUUAUAGGUGUGUGGUAAGGCCUGCGCCAGGGUCCGGGCACCUGUUUGAGCCG